AAUGAGCGAAUCAACUCAAAAAUCUGAAGUAAUCGUUGAUAAAACUGAUAUGAAAUUUGUAAAUUUGACUAAAUUUGAAAGAAAGUCUACAAAUUGUGGAAAAUUUAAAAUUCGAAAGGGAAAGGAUAAAAAACAUAAAAGAACUCAUGUGAUUGAUAAUUCAUCUUUUAAAAUUGUUAAUAAUGAUGAUAAUAUUCAUAAAAGUAGUAAAAAUGGUUUCUUCGGAAUUCCUAACCAAUUAAACAUUAAUUAUAUUUCGAAUAUACAUACUACUAUAACAAGAAAUUUAAAAUCAGAAGCUCGAUUAUCUAAUGAAAAUCAUAAUUCAAAUAUAGUUCACGAUGAGGGAAGAUUUAGAAAGAAGAUAGAAGAUGAAGAAACAGAUGUGCUAAAAGAAAAUGCACUUACGAUCGAGACGAUAAAACCGGAAAAAAAAGUUGUAAAGCCAUUUCCUGUUUGUUUUGGAAUUCCUGUUGAGAAAAAACAAAAUAGAGAAUCUAAAGGAGAAGAGUUAAUGAAUAAUAAGAAUAGUACUACUAAUUCGCAAGAUUCAUUCGUCAAAAACGCCUGUUUUAGGAAGAAUGAGCUGAAUUUACUAUUCAACACUUCAAAAAAUAACAGUUGCCCAAUAAACAAUUUUGGCAUUGACCUAAUGCAAAAUAAAAGGGAAUGUAAUCAAAUGCAAGCUCUCUUAUCGGGCGAUUGGACGCAGGAGGAGAAUUUAGCUAAAUUAAAUAAAUUAAAUAAUACAAAUCAACAUAUUAAAACUGAAUCUUUGGACAAAGAUAGCGAAAGAGGUUGUUGUAUAGUAAAAGAAAAUCAUCAACAUAAUUUUAGCGGAUCAAAAUUACUAGGUCAAAGAUGUGCUGAAGGUGAUUAUAUCGUCAAGUCUAAUCAAAUAUACAACGACCAGGCUAAGAAAAUGAAGAAUAAUGAAAAUAUACAAAAUUAUUAUAUGAUAAGAGAGAAUAAAUUCAAAGGUAGACCGACAGGAAAAAUCAUUUAUACUUUGAAUAGACAUCCUUUACAGUCUCAUGAAAGAUUAAUAGAAUUUAGAGGUAUUGUAAGUGAAACUAAAGGAGAAUCGGCAGAAGAAGAAAAUCGAGAAAUGAAUGAUUGUAUUGAAAAAAAUAAGUUAAGUUUCAAAGAUGAAGAGAUAAAGAAAGAAAUAGGAGAAAAGCUUGAAUCCGAUUGUCGAACGAACAAGUUUAAUAAAUCUAAAUUUUCCUUUGAAAAUCAUGUAAGGAAACCUGCUAGGAUACCGUCAAGAAUUCAACGUCUUUGUCGGCGUCGUCAAAAUAAUGAACAUAUUCCACCUAUACAAAUAAACUGCAACAAUAUUUCAAAAGAAUGUAUCGGAAGAAACAGCAACUUAAAGCUGAAAACUAUCGAAAAAAUCGAAGAGGAUAUUUCUAUAAUUCGAAAUAAAGAUUUAGAGAUAAAACAGGAUGAACCCGUACUAAGCGCAUACGAUUACCGAAAUACUAAAAUUGAAACUAAUCCACCUAUUGAUCAAUCACCUAUUGUAAAAGUUAAAGACGCUGUCUUACAGUACGAGAAAAUAAAUAGAAAUAAGCAGCAAAAGGUUAAAAGGGUACUUGAAUUGAAAAAGUUUAGUCCACAAGGGAUAGUUAACUCUAUUGGACGUCCGGAAGAGAAAAAUUUUCAAUUGACAAAUGUUCAGAGCGCCCCUAAUCUAGAGAAUACGUUAGAAACUCUGGUAGACACCAAUCAAUGCCAAUUAAGUAGGGAAACAAUUUAUCUAAAUACUUCAAAAGUGAUAUCAUUUAAUGGUGAUGAGAAGAUAAUUUCAAAUAAAGCCUUUAAUCGUGUUCUGUCAAUUACCGCAAGAUGUCCAAAUACAGUUUGA